UUAGUGUCCUAGCAGGACGGGGCUCUCGCACCGCGGCUGCGGCGCCGAGAGCGCGGCCACGUCGGGAUUGAGUUCGGCUUCUCGUCGGUCCUCGAUCGAUUGAUUUCCGAACGUCCGCUGGGUGUUGCUGAUCCAGGAUGGGCAGACCCGACCUGGGCCCUGCGCUUCGCGGAGCCGAGAGUGGGGAACGAAGCUGCAAUGGGAAGCCGAGCGAGUGGGCCCUGGGAAAGGAAUUACCGAGUAGAGGAACCGCGAUUUGGGUGGGGCCAGGUGAGGGUGUUGGGAAAGGCCCUGAGUGACGCUUUAAACCGGGCCCUGAGGGCAUGAGCGGAUGUCAGCUGUGGCCAGAGUAUCCCAGGCACCCGGGACGCUCCGGGCAGCGGGAGAGCUGAUGCGCAGGUCCGGAAAAGGCCCCGGGAACGUGAAUUCUGGGAGGGACAAGAGUUUUGAGAGGUUUGGUGGGUGCCAGAUCACGGAGGGGACCCUGUGAGGCGUGCCGUGGACUUCAGUUUUCUCUCAAGUGCAGUGGCAUCACCGUUUGUCCACCUGUUUUCCACUGGUGACAUUUCACUCUGUCAUCUGUGUUUUGGACAUUUUCUCAUAAUGGAGUUCCCUGAUUUGGGGAAGCAGUGUUCAGAAAAAACUUGCAAGCAGCCAGAUUUUCUUCCAUUAGAGUGUGAUGCAUGUAAACAAGAUUUCUGUAAAGAUCAUUUUACCUAUGCUGCACAUAAAUGUCCCUUUGCAUUCAAGCAGGAUGUUCUGGUCCCAGUGUGCCCACUUUGUAACAGCCCCAUCCCAGUGAAAAGGGGAGAGAUCCCAGAUGUGGUGGUCGGUGAGCACAUUGAUGGAGAUUGUGAACACCGCCCUGGGAAGAAGAAAGAGGGGGUGAGGCCAGUCUGUGUCAGCCCUCUGGGGGCCGGUUUCUCCUCAGGGAAGAAGGCUGUAAGAACAGCAAUCACAGUUUGCUGUACGAGGGCGUCUGGGGGCUCCCCUAAAACCCACGUUUGUAGAACUCACACACAUCCCUAUCUACAUGAUGAGCCGUCCUUAGAAUGCAUUAAAAGCUAAGAUCUUGCGAUAAAUGCUACACAAAUUACCUUUAAAAUGGUCUUUUUAAAAUCCCAUGCCAACGGCAGAGCAGCUGGUUACUUUCACAUUCUGGAGAGUUCUUUGUCGUUCUGAACUAAACUGAAGCUACUUGUACAUUUAUGCAGACAUUGCCUGGAGAAAGAGCUAUUAGCAAGGUCACUGUGUCCGUCACGGUCAAGGAGAAGCUUAUGGGACCCCAGGGAGAGGGAGAGCCGCCAGGCGUUGGCAUACACCGUGCCCAGUUGUAAAUCACUUGCUGGGUGGUGAUUGGCUGCCGUUAGCUGAGUGUUUGCUUCCUCACGUCCACCUAAGCUGUGCCACCUGCACUGCCCAACACAGACACGGGCCGGGCAGGCAGCCUCCUUCGCAGGAACCAAUAGCCUUCAUUCCUGCAAAUGAUAAUCAGAAGAUAGAAUGGGGGGCUUCCCUGGUGGCGCAGUGGUUGAGAAUCCGCCUGCCAAUGCAGGAGACAUGAGUUCGAGCCCUGGUCCCGGAAGGUCCCACAUGCCGCAGAGCAACUAAGCCCAUGAGCCACAACUACUGAGCCCACAUGCCGCAUCUACUGAAGCCCGUGCACCUAGAGCCCUGCUCCGCAACAAGAGAAGCCACUGCAAUGAGAAGCCCGCGCGCCACAACAGAGAC